AUGACUUCUGGUAUCCUGAACUGGAAAAUAUGGCUGGAAGUUGCUCAUGUUGUGCCAGUUCUUGAUGCUGCUAACCAAGCACCAGAUAUCAUACAAGAUGCCACAAUGGCAGCAGGGCUUGGUGAUGAUAUAGAAGCAAAUGCCAAUGAUGACAUGGAAGGAGCUCUGGAAGUCCCUCAGGCUACCCUACAUACUGAAGAACUCUACUUGUAUCAAAGCAACUCUGCAGGGAUAAUUUUUGGAAUUGAGGUGCUGGUGGUUCAGAGGGAGACAUAUUGGACUCAGAGGAGAGGUAUAUUUCAUCAUAUAGAGUAA